AGCCUAGAGUCCCGCGCUAUUUUGUUAGUAAACAUUGUCCAGCUCAGGUCAGAAGUUUUUAAAUUUAAAGCUUUCAUUAAUUGUUACCGUGAGUGUGUCACACCUCGGGCUCUCUUCCCUAACACCCCGAACACCACCACCACCACAAAAUAUGGAGCCCGGCAUAAUCAAGAAGCUAGACGAGACUGUUGUUAAUCGGAUCGCGGCAGGAGAAGUGGUCCAAAGGCCGGCCAACGCACUCAAGGAAUUGAUUGAAAAUUGUCUAGAUGCUAAAGCAACCCAGAUUCAGAUAACAGUGAGACAAGGUGGCCUCAAACUCCUGCAGAUUCAGGAUAAUGGAACAGGUAUCAGAAAAGAAGAUCUUGACAUUGUUUGUGAACGUUUCACAACUAGCAAACUGCGAGAGUUUGGAGACUUAACAUCAAUCAAUACAUAUGGAUUCCGAGGCGAAGCUCUUGCCUCUAUUAGCCAUGUGGCUCACCUGACCAUUACUACACGCACUAAGGAUUCAAAGUGUGGUUGGAAGGUUUCAUAUGUGGAUGGUAAGCCAACAGGAGCACCAAAACCAUGUGCAGGAAACCAAGGCACUCAAAUAUCAGUCGAAGAUCUUUUUUACAAUGUGGUUACUCGCAGGAAGGCACUCAAAAGUGCAUCAGAAGAGCAUGGAAAAGUUGCAGAGGUAGUGAGCAGGUAUGCUGUGCAUAAUUACAGUGUGGGGUUCACACUAAAGAAGCAGGGUGAUAAUGCAACAGACAUCCGCACUCCACCUAACUCGACCGUUGUUGAUAAUGUCCGCACAAUCUAUGGCCCAUCAGUAGCACGAGAAUUGUUGGAAGUCUCCUGUGAAGACACAAACCUCAAGUUCUCACUCAAAGGCCACAUCAGCAAUGCCAACUACUCUGUAAAGAAAUGCAUCUUCUUGCUCUUUAUUAAUCAUAGAUUAGUGGACUCCACAGCACUAAGGAAAGCUAUUGAAACAGUUUACUCAUCAUACCUGCCGAAGAACAGUCAUCCAUUCUUGUACCUUAGCUUGGAAAUUGACCCGCAAAAUGUUGAUGUUAACGUCCAUCCCACAAAACAUGAAGUUCACUUUCUACAUGAAGAAUCCAUUGUUGAAAAGAUCCAACAAGCCGUAGAGUCCAAGCUACUGGGUUGUAAUUCAUCUCGUACAUUUUAUACACAGGCUCUUCUUCCUGGUGCAAGUACAGUUCCAAGUUUGUCUGGAAAAAGUUCCAGUGAUACACAUGAUAAAGGAGGAACAUCAGAGAAGAAAGACAAGAUAUAUGCACACCAAAUGGUUCGGACAGAUUCUCGUGACCAGAAGCUGGAAAAGUUCCUUACAAAGCCUGAAGCCAGUAAGAAUACUGGUGAAGAUGAAGACUUUCAAGAAGAUAAACAACCCAGCUCUGGCAAUGAAGAACAAAAUAAACGGGAAGUAAAGUUGACAAGCAUCUUGACACUGCGGUCACAGAUGGAGAGCAGUUGUCACGUGGGACUUCUUGAAGCGGUGAAGAACCUGACCUUUGUGGGUUGUGUUAACCCUGAGUAUGCUCUCAUUCAGCACCUAAACAAGCUUUACCUAACAAACACUUCAGCUCUCAGUGAGGAGCUCUUCUACCAGAUUAUGCUGAAUGAGUUUGGCAACUUUGGCAUCCUAAAAUUAUCAAGUCCUGCAAGUAUAUAUGAGCUGGCUAUGAUUGCCUUUGAUAUGGAGGAGAGUGGUUGGACAGAGGCAGAUGGGACAAAGGAGGAUUUGGCAUCUUACAUCAGGACACUGUUACUGUCCAAGGCAUCCAUGCUAGAUGACUACUUUAGUUUGCAGGUUGAUGACGAAGGCAACCUCUGUACGCUUCCAUACUUGCUAGACGAUUAUGUUCCAGCCAUGGAAGGUUUGCCAAUGUAUGUGUUGCGCUUGGCAACAGAAGUAGAGUGGGAUAAUGAACUUGAAUGCUUCCAGACAUUCUGCAGAGAAACCGCAAAGUUUUAUGCUGUUCAGCGAAACCAUGCACCACUGGAAGAGGAUGGUGAUCGUGGGUGGCGCUGGCAGGUUGAGCACCUCUUGUACCCAGCUAUGAGGAAGACUUUGCUGCCAGCACAGCACUUUGCCCAAGAUACAACUUUUCUUCAGAUUGCUAAUCUCACAGAGUUGUAUAGAGUUUUUGAGAGAUGUUAAGGUAUAACUAUUUGCAGCUGAUAAAAACAAAAAAUUCAUCUUGUAAAGCUAUGUAUACAAUGUACUGUACUCCGAAAUAUUAUUAAAUUGAAGGUUUUG